AUGGGUCUCAAGCUUUAUAGAUCACAUCCAUUAUAUAAUCCAGUUACAUAUUCUUUACUUAAUAUUCUUAUUCAUAAUAAACAAGCAAAAGCAUUUGUUUCUGAUGAAGCAAUUGAAAUGGCUUUAGAUGAUAUAAAAGAAUUCGAUCAAAAAGCAGCAUCAAAUAAUGAACCAUUGUUACGUCAACUUAUUUAUGGUACUUAUUGUAAACGUAAUGAAAAAAAUUGUGUACGUUCAAAUCGAAAAAAAGUAAAUCAUGUGUCAUCAGAUCUUGCACAACAAAUUUCAUUAGCACUUGAUGAAUAUUCUACAGAUGACAAUCCAGAUCGUUAUCAAACAAUUACUGUAUAUAAUGGAAACAAAGACUGA